AUGUCAACCGACGACAGCAGUCCCUGUAUGGACAUGUGCAGCAUACGAGAACAAAUCGGAUCUCGGCGGCUUAUGAGCCCUGAGGAAUCUGUGCCGGAUGUGAAAGAAGAAAUUCGCAUUCCUGAGCCCAUGUCGACUUACGAUAUGUAUGAGUCAGAUGACGAAAUGGCAUCUGGUGAUGAAGCCGAGACUCUCAUUCUGAAGCACGAAGAUAGAGAAGACGACGAAUACAAACCAAAUCAGAAGCCGAAGAAGACAAAGGCCAGUACAAGCCGGCCUAUUAGGAACCGAAAGCGACAGGGCAGUCCAGGACCUACGCCGGAAGCUAAACGACCCAGGAUUGAUCUCGAUAACUCGAGCACGAUUGGUAGACCCGUCAAGCCUGUUAUCCAAGGAGCAAAAGGCAACUUCUCCUGUACCGAGUGCUCAAAGAAAGUCUUCUUCAAGGAUGAGAGCGGCCUGCAAAAUCACAUCAAGAAGCAACAUACUCGGCCAUUCGUUUGCGUCUUCGGCUUUGCCGGCUGUAAUUCCACAUUUGCCAGUAAGAAUGAGUGGAAACGACAUUGUUCUUCGCAGCACCUUGUUUUAAACUACUGGAUCUGCCAACAGGACCAAUGUUCCAAGGUUUCUAGCAAAACUACAGCACCUGUCCGCGGUCGCCUUAACCCCCCUUCCUCUCAGAGCCCCAGCAUACCGGUACUUCCCCGCGGGACCAUCUUCAAUCGUAAGGAUCUUUACACCCAACAUCUGCGACGCAUGCAUAUUCCGGCGAAUCUUAAGAAGAAUGUCAAGCAAAGGAAGCCUGCACCUGAGUGGGAAGCACGCGAGCGCGCACAUCAGGAAGAGGCAAAAAGAACACGAUGCGACCUCCCAACUCAUAUGCAGUGCCCAGCCAUCGGCUGCCAUGCUCGCUUUGAUGGUACGAAUGCUUGGGAUGAUAGAAUGGAGCACGUUGCCAAGCAUCUCGAGAAGGCCGCCACCGGUUCAGAGCCGCCGAUUGAAUUCGGUGGAGAAAACGAUAAGACUCUCAUCGAUUGGGCUACCCGCGCCGAAAUCGCAAUCAUUGAGAAAGGAGUAAAAGGAAAAUGGGAACUACGUAAUCCCUUGAAACCUAUUGGUAACCCGAUAGUUGAGGCGACGGCAGACCAGGAAGGGGACGAAGACGCCGAGGGUGAAGAGGUUGACGAGUGA